AUGGCCUCCACGACAAGCCAGGAGGAUGAGGGGCCGUCUCCGCACAACAAUAUCAUGAUACUGCCCGACCCGGACCUCGCUGACGAUCUCCGAUCAUUAUCGCGAUCGCCUCACCCGUACCGCCGCAACGGCUCUGUGCACCACCGCCCACGAACCCGAACCUCCAGCGAUAGCGGUACUGAGGCGGACGACGAGAGCACCAGUUUCAGUUUACUCAAGGGCCUGCCUCCGCCGCCGCUUCGAUCGCGAAAGGGAGCUCGUCCGAUUGGCGAUAAUGAUUUUUGGCUGCCUGGGCUACAGCGAUGGCGGUCAACAUCGCGGAGCUCCCGACGGAGCUCCGUGGGGAAUAACGAGGCGGAUAUAUUAGAGAUGAAGGUCAAGAUCAAAACAAAGAGACGAGUUGAGAUUAUUCGGAGGGCGUUUGAGGCUGCUUUGCUGCUUUCUGUUGGUGGUGUGGUCUUAGGACAGGAGAGCGCGAGGUCGCUUGCGUGGGCUUGGAGGAAAGAACUCGCCACAUUUUCCCUUACGAUUGUCGGAGUCUACGCUAUAUACCCGCUCAACAGGCACGGACGUUUACGGCUCUCCAGAUUUUUGUCCUUUGAUAUCCCGCAUAGCUUCGACCCCGCGCCGCUUCUAUACCCGAUUCUUAUUCCCGUUUACGUUUCUCUGUCCUUGUCGAAUCACGAGCCGUCAUUAGUACUACCGAACAUACUACUUGCUCUCGCCUCGAUACCACCGCCGGCGAUCCCUAUGCACGACUUGGUGCAUGGCCAGGGUGUCGCGCACUGGCUCCUGACGCUACUCCCCAUCCUUGUUUCUGAGCAGUUAUCCUGGGGUAACAUUCGACCUAGACCUCUUUCUCUUCGCGGUCUCAAUUCUGAAGCUUUGACUCUUGUUUUUCCUUUGCACCAAGCAUUGAUACCCACUCUAGAUUUCCUUUUGUCUACCAGCAUUCUUCCAGCGGAACUGCAGCUACUCACGACUGCUCUUAUUAAUCUGUUUUUAUACGCCACUUCACCUCAAGCGGAAAUUCUCAAAUCGCUGCUAUGGCUGGGCAGCCUGUGUAUUUUUAUCUCUUGCCGCCAGGUCCUCCACUGGGAGGUUGCUCUAGCCCGGAUACCGAGCUGGAAAUUUAGACGGUCUCCCAGCGGCUCGAGCUCGCCGAAGAACAUUCUGAAUCUGCUGGAUCACAGGAUCUGUCAGAAGCUGAGUCGGGCUGGUUCUUCUGAAGAGCCUACCUCGGACAGCGACUCGCCGGACAGCCAUCUGACAUCAACCUCGCGUCGAACGCCGCACGAAGCUCGAGAAAAGACUCCCGAGAGUCCUACUGAAAACAUUGCCCUGGAAGACUUUAACCAACGGCGGACCUCUGCCAAUUUCGAAGACGUCCUACGUUCGGAAAAGGCUAGGACAACGCCAAAAGGACGACGGAAGCGAUCAAUUGCACCUAACAUCGCAUCUUUCCUCACAAUGACUGUUCCGCAAGUCCAAGUUCGCAAAUGGCUCUAUGCGUUGUACGUGUACCUGGCCGUCUUUGCUGUUGUUCUUGGGCCAGUGCGCAGGUAUGUGGGCGAGCGGGCAUUACAGGGAGAGGACCCUUUCGGAUGGGCGCUGGGAUACCUGCUUGGAAAUGUCUCCUGGUUCAGGUUCUGGGUCAUCACCUCGAGCCUGGAACGCUGGAUCCCCAUACCUCCCCGGCAGGACCCCAGUUUAUCCAGUGCGUUCUGUCAUCUCGGACGGGCAGAACAUCUUCGUCAAAGCACCUUUGGAGAGGCCAGUACACGCCUCAUCAUAAUUGCGUACUGCCUAGCCGUUCUUGUAAUCGGCAUUGCGACCGUCAUUCGGCUCGGCACCUUCGCCGAGGUCGACACAAGGCGCAAAGUUUUCCAUGGCACCAUGGUGCUAAUGUUCCUCCCGACUAUCUACAUCGACCCAGCAUUCUGCGCCCUUGCCAUGGCUUUAGUCCUAGCCAUCUUUCUCCUACUAGACCUCUUUCGCGCCUCCCAACUUCCGCCAAUAUCCCGACCAUUGACCUACUUCCUCGAGCCCUACGUCGACGGCCGAGACUACCGUGGCCCCGUCAUCGUCUCCCACAUAUUUCUCCUCAUCGGAAGCGCCAUACCCCUCUGGCUCACUCUUGCCGACGUCUCGCGCACAGGCGAUUUCCCCUGGACAUCAUGGGAUGUCCAGACGCGCGACGCAAGCAUGCUCAGCGGAAUUAUCUGCGUCGGUCUCGGCGACGCAGCCGCUUCUCUCGUCGGCCGGCGCUUCGGCCGACGGAAGUGGUUCUGGGGCGGCGGCAAAUCCGUUGAGGGCAGCGUCGCAUUUGCAGUUGCUGUUACUGCUGGAUUAAUGGUUGCCCAGGCCUGGCUUGCCCUCGGGCAGUGGCCUGUUAGCGGAUAUGACGGGCCGAAACCGUUUUCCUGGCCCGGGGCCCUGGCUAAGGCCAUUCUUGCAGCGGGUGGUGCUAGUGCGACUGAGGCGGUUCUGACGGGGUGUAAUGAUAACGUCGUUGUUCCUGUGGUGUUGUGGUUGCUGGUAAGGGGGCUGGGACUUUAG